ACGGCAUGGCUGUCAGUCGCCUGGUUGAAACCUCAUUUUGAGCAGUUUGAUGAGCUUCGUUACCGGUUGGAUAUGGAUGUGACCGAUGCAAAGGACGACAGUUUUGGAAUAGAGGUUAUUCUUCCAGACGGAGACAAAAAAGCACCGUGUUGUCCUCAUGGUCCUACUUUGUUGUUUGAGAAAGUUGACAAAGCAGGAGAGAAAGGCAGGAGGUUUUAUGCCUGUUCAGCUUGCAGAGACAGAAAAGACUGCAACUUUUUCCAGUGGGAAGAUGAAAAGGUGUCAGAGGCCAGACUGUUGGCCAGAGAGGCAGAAAACCAGUCAAAGAGACCUCCUUUCACCCAGGAGGAAUACUGUACCAGGUUUUUAAAGUUUGCUUCCCUCCCACUGGAUGCCAAAAAGUUCUGCCAGGAUUGUCAGAUUCUGCUGCUGCCUGAAGAACAUGAAGCUCACUCCUCCCACAGAUCCACAGCAGUCACCACAGCCCAGCUGAGGAGGCCCAGUGUGCUGCUGCGUCCACUGGACAACAAGAAGAGCAACGCGCAGUACCUGUUCACCGACCGCAGCUCACACUUCCUACUCGAUACCUUGGCUGCUCUGGGUUACAGGAAGGUGCUGUGUGUGGGAACACCCAGACUUCAGGAGCUGAUAAAGUUACGAAACCUGGAGAAGAAAGACGAUCCAAUGAGGAGCCUCCUGCUGGACAUUGACUUCAGAUAUGCUCAGUUCUACAGCCAAGAUGAAUUCUGUCACUAUAACAUGUUCAACCACCACUUCUUUGAUGGAGAGGCCUCCAGAGGGGUCCUGCAGACGUUCCUGUCAGAGUGUGAUGGUGGGAAGGUGGUGAUGGUGGCCGACCCUCCGUUCGGCGGCCUGGUGACGCCUCUGGCCAACAGCUUCCGUCUCAUCUCACAGAUGUGGAGGACGCUGCACAGCGGCGGCGAUAGUGAAGACAUGCCCAUGAUGUGGAUCUUUCCGUACUUCUUUGAACCUCGGAUUCUGGAGUGUCUCCCAAAAUUCACCAUGUUGGACUAUCAGGUGGACUAUGACAACCAUCCUCUCUAUAAACAUGGAAAGACGGGUAGGAAGCAGUCUCCUGUGCGACUGUUCACGAAUAUUUCACCCAAAGACGUCAUCCUGCCUAAAGAGGAGGGCUACAGGUUUUGCUCCGUAUGUGGCCGAUACGUCUGGUCCAUGAACAAACACUGCACUAAAUGCAACACCUGCCCGUCAAAGGACGGCCGUGAAUGGAAACACUGCUCAUUAUGUGAGAAGUGUGUGAAGCCUUCUUGGAAGCACUGUCCUGUGUGUGGUCACUGUGCCCUCCCAGACCACCCAUGUGGGCUGAGUCCAGGACAGGAGGGAUGUUUCAACUGUGGCAGCCUGAAACACAAACGGAAAGCCUGUCCACUAAAGGACGCACACCGGCUCAACAGCUCUCACUCCAAUGCAAAGAGUGGAAAGAAAAGUGCAUCUUCCCAUCAUCCCCUGCUCAAGGCUAAAGCUAAAGCUAAGAGGAAGUCUGGAGCAGCACGCAGAGCAAAGAAGUUAGCAGCUGUGUCUUCAUGACCUCACCAUCGAUGUAGUAUCUGAUCAGCCUGCAGGUUUUGUCUACUACCUGCUUCUACCUGUUCAUACUGUUUGUACACUGCAAAAAUCUAAAUCUUAUCAAGUGGAUUUUUACCAUGUAUAGUCAAAAUAUCUCAUCACGCUUAAAAUAAGACAUA